CACCAGAAGCAGAAGCACAUUACAGUUGGCCAGUACGGAAAGGGUUUUUACUUAUUUUCUCUUUGGUAGGGAUCUGAGUGGUCCACAGAGAAGCAUACAGACGUUAACAGUGGAUAUUUUAUUUUCUGACCUCCCUUUGAAUCUGUCAUUGUGAAAACUGUCACAAUGUCCAGAGUUACCAAUCUGCAAAAACUGCGGCAAGAGAGGAUGAGAGAGAUCAACCUGCGGAAUAAAGAGAGAGAGCGCAUGAGGGAGCGAGAGAAGGCGGCGAGGGAGAGGGAGGCGCGUUACAGCAACGGUCACCUGUUCACCUCACUGACGGUGUCAGGAACCACGCUCUGUUCAGCAUGUAACAAGAGCAUCACUGCCAAGGAGGCACUCAGCUGCCCUACAUGUAACGUCACCAUCCACAACCGCUGUCGAGACACUUUGCCGAACUGUGCCAAAGUAAAACAGAGGCAGCAGAAGAUGGCCCUAAUGCGGAAUAACUCAUCCCUGCAGAAUGUCACACUACGCACAAAAAGUACAGGAAUGCGCGAGCGUCCGAGUUCAGCCAUCUACCCUUCUGACAGCCUCAGACAGUCUCUGCUAGGAUCCCGCCGCGGUCGCUCCAGCCUAUCACUGUCCAAGAGUGUCUCCAGCAACAACAUUGCAGGAACCCUGAAUGAUGACUCUCCCCUGGGGUUGCGCAGGAUCCUGUCUCAGUCCACAGACUCUCUCAACUUCAGAAACAGAGCUAUAUCAAUGGAAUCUCUCAAUGAUGACGGAGAUAGCUACUACACUUCCGUGAUGGAGGAGAUGGAGUUCGAGGGCCAGGACUUUAAGGCUGACUCUUGGAGCAUGGCCGUGGAAAGCAGUUACCUGCAGUCACACAGCAAAAACAUAAUCAAGAGGCAGGAUGUCAUCUAUGAGCUGAUACAGACAGAGGUGCAUCACAUGCGAACACUGCGCAUAAUGGAACGGGUAUUCCAGCAGGGCAUGCUGGAUGAGCUCCAGCUGGACCCUGGCAUUGUGCAUAAUAUGUUCCCCUGCCUGGACCAGCUGCUCAGCAUACAUUCCCAUUUCCUGACACAACUUCUCCUGCGACGCAACAUCAGCCUGGAGCCUGACUCCAGUCGCAACUUCACCAUUCACCAACUGGGGGACAUACUUAUCGAGCAGUUCUCAGGUCAGUGCGCAGAUGACAUGCGGAAGACCUAUGCUGAGUUCUGUAGCCGUCACUUAAAGGCUGUCAAAUUGUACAAGGAGCUACUGGCCAGAGACAAAAGGUUCCAGUGCUUCAUACGGAGGGUGAGCAGAGGACCCUGGCUACGGUGCCAUGGUGUUCAGGAAUGUAUCUUAUUGGUGACUCAGCGGAUCUCCAAGUAUCCUGUCCUUGUCCAGCGCAUUCUGGAUAACGCCACCGAUGAUGAAGAAGAAGCCUCUUCUUUGGCCCAGGCUCAUCAGAUGGUCAGAAAACUUCUUAGUUCAAUAGACCAACAGAUGGAGGAAAUGGAGAAUACACAACGGCUGCAGGAGAUCCAGGCAAAGCUGGAUCCACGGGCUGAGGCCAGAGUAAGAGACGGUCGACUUUUCAGGCAAGGAGAAUUGCUGCGUCGGAGCCUCGUCCAUGAAGGGAUGCUGUUCUGGAAAAACCCAGGAUCCCGACUCAAAGAUGUACAUGUCCUACUGAUGACAGACAUCCUGGUAUUACUGCAGGAGAAAGACCAGAGGUACAUCUUUCCUAGUAUGGACAAAUCUCCAGUGCUGUCCCUUCAGAACCUAAUAGUGAGGGAUAUAGCCAAUCAGGAGCGAGGCAUGUUCCUCAUCAGUGACUCCACCCCUCCUGAGAUGUAUGAGUUCCACGCUGCCACCAAAGAGGACAAGAACGUCUGGAUACGACACAUCCAGCGCACUGUCAGCAAGUGCCCAUCAAGACAGGAGUUCCCGCUCAUAGAGACUGAACACAAGGCCCACCUGAGAAGACUCAAAGCUGAGCUCCAGCAGAAGGACAGAGAGAUGUUGGAGCUUCUGCAGGAGAGGGUGACUGUGUUCUGUGAGCUGGCAGAGGUGACAAGUGGUGAGGAAGGCCUACAGCCUCCUAUCAUGCGUUACUUGUUCAGGGCAGACACACCCCAAGCUACACGUGCAGAGAAACUCCUACUGGAUGCCACAUCUGAAGUGGACCGGUUGAGUGAGCUCCUCCUGGGCUGCAGUGUGGACAUCCCUCUUGUGUGCCAUCACAACCAUGUCGACGGUGUAGAAACCACAGCGGGUGACUGCUGUGUUUGUCUCUGCUCAGGCGAUCAGGAUCUGUUGGUCAAUGGAAGCCAUGAUGUCCCUGCUGCAAAGGAUUGCUCGAGAAGUGAAGACAAACCAUCAUCUGCAGAGAUCUGUCAGAGGCUGAUGAAUCUCAGUGUUUAUCUCCACGCACUCCAGGGUGCUGUCAUCAAACAAGACUCCAUCUUGGAGCUGCUGCUGCAGCCACAGGAUUCUUCAGCAGCAGCUACGCGCCCUCUCUGGAGAGACGGUGGAAAUCGGGACGCCAGUGUGGGCUCAACCAUUUCAGAGUUAGCUCUUUUGCAAAGACAACACAGCCUGCUGCAGGAUGAGCUGCUGAGGCUGCGGGACACCGAGAGUCGCUUCAAAGACAGUGAGAAGGCCCGGGUCAAGCUGGAGAAGCAGGUCCGACACAUGAAGGUCUGCGGCGGGGCUUCAUCUGUCUCCCAGCAGCCAGGAGAGCAGGAUCAAUCGGGAACAGAAGUCUCACCCGGAGCUGACGGCCCCUGGAGCAGCAAAGAGCCUGUCAACCAAACCGAUGGCCCCCAAGACAACAGUGAUUUGGAAGUAGACAUGGUUUCAGAGGAUGACGAUGAUGAUGAUGACGAUGGUGACGAUGACGAUGAUGAUGAUGAUGGGACGGCAUCUGAAAGCUCCAAAGAUCUUCAAGAUAUUCCAGAGGAGGCAUGUUUUUAACUGGGACACAAAGUGAUUGACUCCAACAAUAAGCCACUAUACCAGAAAGCACAACAAUGCGCAUGUCUCUCUUUUUCUGCAAGUCUUAAUAUUAUUUAGCUGCUUUGCUUUUUGAGUACAUGUCUGGUGACACUUUGUUUUAUUUUUCAGUUUGGAUUUCUAUGAUUUACUUCUGUCAAUGGACCAAAGGGAUAUAAAAAAACUGAUGGACAUUUCAAAUACUGCUACUGUUUUUUAAGUAUCCCACACAAAAAUCAAGGAAUUUAUUAGUGUUAAAUUUAUUGAAAAAUAUCACCAAUAAUGAUAAUACAUAUUGCACUAUACUGGUUGCUUUUAAUCACUUUUGACAGUGUCUAGUUCUUUUGCUGUAAAAUGAGUUGUUGAACACUUUCAGUUUCAAUUGUGCUGCUCUUUUUGUGAAACGCGUGUAUUUAUCAAUGGCAGUUUUUAACAACUAAAAAAUGACGAGCCAUACGAACAAACCGCAUCACGAGAGGAAAAGAAGAAGCAUGUGUUUCUAUUCAUUUCCAGAGAGAUCACAAAUAUAACAACCUUUACUGAAACAGCAGGAAAAGAUAAGAUAAGCAGCACAAUCUAAAGCAAUCCGAUACAACUGCCAUGCAAUAAAUCCUGCUUUACAAUGCUUAUAGUACAUGUUAUAAUCCAACUAAUAUUGUCAAAAAUGCAGUAUUAUUCUCAUCAGUUUCAUCCAGAAGAAUAUACUUUUGAUAUGAAGUGAUAACCAUCUGUGAAGGUUUUGCCCUAACUUCAUAAACUGCAACUGUUGAAAAUGUUUACAGGUGUACUAACAACUAGUAUGAGUGUUUUAGUAGACCAUGGUGAAUUAUGGGAUAUGAUUGACUCUGAAUAGCGCUUUAACCCUUACAUACUGUUCAUAUUCUACAUCCUCACAGUAUGUUCCAAGUCAAUUUUGACCCGACCUGAGAAUCUCCUCAUAAAAAGUAUCUAUACCACAUUUUGAACCACAGAUGUGUUUAGAAAGCAUCAAUAGUGGAUCUGACUGAUCAAUAAAUGUGUGAUUAAAUGAUUCAUGUUUCAGAGAGCAGAGAGAGAAGAAAAAACAGCUACUAUCACACAAUAUCAUCAUGUCCUAUUUGACCUAAGACAUGAAAAUAUAACAUAGCAAUAAUGAUGUAAAUGUAUUUUAUGUAAAGUGAAAAUGACAAGAACUUUAUGGAAGUGUGGGGUUUAUUGUAUAACCAUUAGAGCCAUCAGUCUUCACUGCUACAUCAUAAAAAGAAUGAUUAAAACUAUUAACUAUUCAUUUAACAUAAACACAUGUCAAUAGAUAGUACGGCUCAAAUUUGACCCAGAACAGACUCAAUGGACAAACAUUUGUAGCAUCAAUACAAAAGUAUAACAUUUUAAAAUAUUUUCAUUUUUGUGCAUUCUGGGCCACAUUAGGAAAAGUUAUCAAAUUUCUGGGUAUAAGAUAUUUGGGGUGUUUUUACAGCUGUCAAAUAGGUCAAAUUUGACCCAAACAGUAUGUAAGGGUUAAAGUAGCAAUAGCAGCGAUGUGUAUGUGAGUGUGCAGGUUACAUGGACUGAGUGCUGAUAUAAUUCUGAUAUGGGCCACACUUGCCUGCUACUGUACCUGUCCACACAUUAACACAAAUGUAUGUGUUAAGUGUUGGUAUCGGGACCCAAAAUCACACUGCUUCCUGUUUGUUCCUGACAGAAUAUUCAUCCAUGCAGCCACUAGAGGUCAUAUUUGGUGUGUGAAAUGACAGAUACUUUGUUUUUUCUUAUGAGGUCAACCUGCUCCCUUACAGCUGAAAUAGAUCAAGCACAGACAUGAUGCUACACCUGCUACACUGCCUACGUCAGCUUCACUGCACACAUAGUUUUUUGCCAAGAGACAUCAGUUGGUGGUGCAGGGUUUGGAAGCGUAGGCUACCGUAUAUUAUUAACUGCUACUGAAUGAAUUAACUAGAUAGUUUCUACCACAUCAUUUUAAAGAAACCCAUCUUGUUAAUCUUGCACCAUCAUAGCAUGCAGCCAAAAGUGCUUCACAUAGCAGGAUUAAAAUAACACAGACAAUAAAUGAAUAAAUUAGUGAACAAAAGCAAAAUUGACAACAAAAAGACUAAAAACUACAACAACAGUGUUGAAAUAGAUCAAAUCAAAUAAACACUAGGGGAUAAAAACAAUAUACAAAACAAUGAUUAAAACUUAAGCUAAAGCUAAAACAUUACUAUAAUUAAUAUUAAAAGCCAGGUGACACACCAUGUCCGUGCUUGGUGUAUUUUGAGCCAUAUGAGCCAAAUUGCAGGUGCUAAAAAUCCACACUCAUCUCUUGAAGAAGGAAUGUUGUUAAUAUGAUAAUGAUGUGCCAUUAAUGUAGAAAUGGGUCUUGGUCGCUGUGACAAUUCCUACUCUCCACACUGACCCUGAAGGUAUUCUCUCAGGACAGGACUACCCUGAAAUAAAUGAGGGCCAGAAUCCACAGAUCUAAUCAUUCUGUGUAAAUAUGCCUUCCAGCUUUCAGCUGAUACCAAUAUGGUGCCUCAGCAACCUCAGUGAGCUAGAUCAAGUCAUAUCUUCUAAAGCUACAGUCUGUUUAGUGUGAAAUUUCCUCUACUCAUGAGAGUUCCAGGCUUGGUUGUCUUGCAUGUUUUUAAAUCUGUUUUACCUGCAUUCCAGAUCUGGCAACUUACCCUUUCUCUUUAUUAACAACUGCAAUACAAAUAAGCUUUUAGCUUUAUUGUGUUUUUAUCCUGAACAACUCUCUGUGUCUCUCUCUAUAAAUAUCUAUAUAUCUAUGACUGCAUACUCAAUGUAGAUUUGCAUAUUCUGUAAUACUAAUUUUCACAGUUAUAUUAAACUGCUCCGCCUGUUCAUCAACUUUUCUGAAAUGAAUGUAUUUCAUUUUUUAUCUCCAAAAUAUUUGACUAAAGCUGUUAUCAGAUUAGUAAAAAUCUGUCAUGGCAGAUUGUGUUCAUAGCCACCAUAAUAAUGAGAUUGUAUAAGAUACUGUAAGCAGAAUUAAGUAUUAAUAAUAUUCAGCAGAUUCUGUAUUUGUCAGUCUAAGGCCUAACCUGAAACAAAGAGUGUACUUGCU